UUGUAUUAUCACAGCGGAAAGAAAGGUACGGAAGAUUUAAGUUCUCUACAUAAGAGGAUAUACACUAAACAAGAAAAACAUGGCUACAGGAGAAAUUGAUGAUAACAUUCAGGAAUGUGCUAGUGACGCCGUCGGUGGAAGAGUCGGGAGCAAAUGUGAGCCUUGUUGUCGUCGGGACAGGUCAGAGGUGGCUUCGUUGUUUUGUAAUACAUGCAAGGUAUAUCUAUGCGACGACUGCUGUGACGUACACAAGGUGCACAUCACAAAGGUAGAUGAACAUGAUAUCGUGGCUGCCCAUAAAGCCUGUGUCAAGCCAGAUGUCGACAUGAAGGGACUGGAUCAGUGUUGCGAACAUAAACGAGUGUUCAUGUUUCACUGUGCAGACCACGAAGAUUUGUGCUGUGAAAUCUGUGCCUUUUCUCGUCAUCGAAGAUGCGAUAAUAUCCACGAAAUAGCAAAGGUCGCUAAGAAUAUGAAAGAUGUUGAAAGGGAAAAGAUACGUGCAUCCAUUAUUACUGCCUCAAAAGUAAUAAUGAAAUGCGAGGAAGAUCAAUUGAACAACGUUGCGCGAGCGGAAGAAAUCAUACAAGAAAUUGAUAUUUACAAGGAAGAUAUUUUGAUGAAAAUUGAGGAAGCCAAAGCGCGAAUUGUCAGCGAAAUGACUAACCAUAACACACAGGAAGACGAACGUCUGAAUACGAGGAGAAAUGCAUCUGAAAACCUGAAGAAAGAACUUGACACGCACUUGGCAAUGUCGGAUAGCGUUAGCGAGAAUGGAACGGAAACGGAAAUAUUCAUUCUGAAUCACAUUCUCAAAAGGACGCAAGACAAGGCAUCACAAACACUGAACACUUUAUUGAAGAGUGAUUGCACGGUCAAAGUAAGAUUAAAAAUCGACGAACACUUUUUAAAAAUGACAACUACUGAUGUCGCAUUAUUCUCAUUAAAUAAAACACAAGAACUUAAAACACAAUCAUUAAAUGCAGACGAUGUAAGCAAAACAGCAAAAAGCUUUACUGACGAGAAACAGACAAACCAACAAAGGCCGAUGAGUCUGGAGCUGUUGAAAUCCAUGGAGCUCAUGAAGACAGGAGACGACAAGAGGGAGCCGUAUGUUAGUGGGUUGGACUUUCUGCCGGACGGGAGAAUGGUAGCCAUUGAUACCUUCAACUGUAAAAGUUUUAUCCUAAGUGACACACUGAAGAGGCUCGACAGCUUUUAUAAAUUUAAGACAUCUCCUAGGGACGUAACUUCCUACUCUGAUAUCAAUAUUGCAGUAACAUUAAAUGACCGAACCAUCUGCCUGCUGGAAGUGGGCAGUGCCAACACGAUCACGCUGAUGAAGACGCUGACCACGUCCACCUACUGCGUCUCCAUCUGUUCCUUGAACGACCGCACGUUCGUAGUGAGCACUUAUAACGACCCGCGGUCUGCCAGGAUGAUUGACGUGGACGGUAAGGAGAGCAACUUUGAUAAUAUGAAGUUUCCUGGAAAGACGUAUAAGCUUGGUGAAAGUAAAUGUACCUACAUACAAUCCCGGGAUGUUCUUGUCCUUACUGACAGGCAUGCUCAUACCGUUUAUAUGUACAACACGGCGACCGGCAAGAGCAGAGAGGUAAACGAUGGCCGUAUACGAGAACCCAGAGGCGCAUUUGCUGGCCCAGAUCAAUCCGUAUUUGUUUGCAGUGGGAAAACAAACUCCGUCAUCCAAAUAUCGCCCGACGGGAACAUAUUGGCGUCAUGUGACGUCGACAUUAAGCAUCCGUUCGCCGUUGCCGUCUCCAGGGAUGGCUCGAGAAUGGCCGUGUCCAACAGUGUGACUGGCGUGGAAACACUGAAACUGUUUAAAAUAAUACAAUAAAAGUGUAUUCGAUAAGCUCAGAAAUAAAAAAAAAUGUGUAGAGUAAUAUUUAUAAUUAAAGGAAAUAUAACGUUAUGCUUGAAUAUUAUGUAUUUGUUAAUAGUUUGUAAAUAAGAUUCUUGUAAAUUAUAUAUUGUUUUUUGAAACAAAGACCAGUAUUUGACUUGUAUUGAUAUGUUUAUAAAGUAUUUUUAAAUGCAAUUGAUUUAAGAGAGAUAAGGUACAUUGAUGAUAGAAAAUCGUAUUUACUUACGAACACAAUUCCUAAUAUUCUUAAUGGAACGCCUUCCAGAUUAUUGUUACUACUGAAGUGUAUUAUUUUAAUCACCGUGGCUGUGACUGCAUUACUUAUUAUAGAAUUCCAGAUUAUUAAGUUAAUUGUAAUAAUAUGAUGUAAAAAAACACAUUUUUAAUUUCAUUCAUGCGACAAAUUCUGCACAGUACAAUAUCCUAAGCCUAUAAUAUAAUUUAUAAAGUUUUAAAUUAUUAGAACCUAACCUCACAAAAUAGUUACUACUAACUAUAACAUUUACAGUGUAUCGUUGUUACAUGAUGCAGUUAAUCGGACAACUCCUUUUGUAUCACUUUCCAUGCGUUAUCAUGCUGCUGCUGCUGCUGCUGCUGCGGCUGCUGCUGCUGCUGAUGAUGAUGAUGAUAAUGAUGAUGAUGAUGAUGCUGAUGAUGAUGAUGGUGUCGGUGGUUAUUGUGAGCUUUUUGAUAUCCUACCCUCGACUCCCGUAAAGCUACCCGCCAGUAAAGAGUUUUAUGCUUCUCGAUUUUAUUAUUUCUUGCUUAAGUGUAAAUAGGAUGUCUGUUUGAAAUACAAUCACUCUUUUUACAUUUAAUAUUGUUUGUAUGAUGCAUAUGGAUUUAUUUAGUUACCUAAGAAUAAUCAGAGGACUGUCUGCUUUGAUAAUUUUUGAAGUUAUUGAAA